UGGAAGGCCUGAGAGGACGCGCGCCAGCGCCGGCGAUGGGUCCCGCUGCGCGGCUGGCAGCGCUGCUGGCGGUGCUGGCGCUCCAGGCAGGGGACCUGGCCGGGGUCGCGACGCGCGGGGACACGUUCUCGGCGCUGACCAGUGUGGCGCGCGCCCUGGCGCCCGAGCGCCGGCUGCUGGGACUGCUGCGGCGCUACCUGCGCGGGGAGGAGGCGCGGCUGCGGGAUCUGACCAGAUUCUAUGACAAGGUGCUAUCUUUGCAUGAAGAUUCAGCAACCCCUGUGUCUAACCCUCUGCUUGCAUUUACUCUCAUCAAACGCCUACAGUCCGACUGGAAGAAUGUGGUACAUAGUCUGGAGGCCAGUGAGAACAUCCGAGCUCUGAAGGAUGGUUAUGAGAAGGUGGAACAGGACCUGCCAGCCUUUGAGGACCUUGAGGGAGCAGCAAGGGCCCUGAUGCGGCUGCAGGACGUGUACAUGCUCAGUGUGAAGGGACUUGCCCGAGGCGUCUUCCAGAGAGUCACCGGCUGUGCUGUCACUGACCUGUACAGUCCCAGACGGCUUUUUUCCCUCACGGGGGAUGACUGCUUCCAAGUUGGCAAGGUGGCCUAUGACAUGGGAGAUUACUACCAUGCCAUUCCAUGGCUGGAGGAGGCUGUCAGUCUCUUCCGAGGCUCUUAUGGAGAAUGGAAGACAGAGGAUGAGGCAAGUCUAGAGGAUGCCUUGGAUCACUUGGCCUUCGCCUAUUUCCAGGUGGGAAAUAUUUCCUGUGCCCUCAGCCUCUCCCGAGAGUUUCUUCUGUACAGCCCAGAUAAUAAGAGGAUGGCCAGGAAUGUCUUGAAAUACGAAAAGCUCUUGGCAGAAAGCCCUAACCAGGCCGUAGCUGAGGCUGUCAUCCAGAGGCCCAACGUACCCCACCUGCAGACCAGGGACACCUAUGAGGAGUUAUGUCAGACCCUGGGUUCCCAGCCUACUCACUACCAGAUCCCCAGUCUCUACUGCUCCUAUGAGACCAGUUCCAGUCCCUACCUGCUGCUCCAGCCUGUCCGAAAAGAGGUCAUCCACCUGGAACCCUAUGUUGUUCUCUACCAUGACUUUGUCAGUGACACUGAGGCUCAGAAAAUUAGAGGCCUUGCAGAACCGUGGCUACAGAGAUCUGUGGUGGCAUCAGGCGAAAAGCAGUUACCAGUGGAGUACCGCAUCAGCAAAAGUGCCUGGCUAAAGGACACCGUUGACCCAGUGCUGGUGACCCUCGACCAUCGCAUUGCCUCCCUUACAGGCCUUGAUGUCCAGCCUCCAUAUGCAGAGUAUCUCCAGGUGGUAAACUACGGAAUCGGAGGGCACUAUGAGCCUCACUUUGACCAUGCUACGUCACCAACCAGCCCACUGUACAGAAUGAACUCUGGGAACCGAGUUGCAACAUUUAUGAUCUACCUGAGCUCGGUGGAAGCUGGAGGAGCCACAGCCUUCAUCUACGGCAACUUUAGCGUGCCUGUGGUCAAGAAUGCAGCACUAUUUUGGUGGAACCUGCAUAGGAGUGGUGAAGGGGAUGGUGACACACUUCAUGCUGGCUGUCCUGUCCUGUGGCCAACAAGUGGAUACACGAGUAUGGACAGGAAUUCCGCAGACCUUGCAGCUCAAGCCCUGAAGACUAAAAUGUUGGCAGAAAGAAGCUGGAAGAGUCCUUUGGCUUUCCAGAGAAGCCAGAAGCCAAAAGCUAUGAUUUCUCCAACCUGGGUUCCUGGUGUUGCACUCAGUAUCCCUCACAAGAUUCACUACAGGGAAGAUUCUUUAUGUUAAUGACUAUUAUCAUUGUCAUUAGUAACAUACUGACCGUUUACCACUGGCCAGGCACUGUGAUAAGAACUGAGGUGUACUUGUCUCCUUCAAUCCUCACGAUGAAUAGGUACUAUUAUCUCCAUUUUAUAGAUGAGGGAAACUGAGGCAGAGAAUGUGUAACUUGCCUGAGGUUACAUAGCUCUAUAAAGUGGCACAGGCAGGAUUUGAAUACAGGUCUGCCUCCAAAGAUUUUUUUUUAAAAAUUUUUUUAAAUUGAAGUAUAGUUGAUUUACAAUGUUGUGUUAAUUUCAUGUGUACAGUGAAGUGAUUCACAUACAGUAUAUAUGAUAUAUAUACAGUAUAUAUAUACAUAUAUAUAUAUUCUUUUCCCUUAUAGAUUAUUACAAGAUAUUGAGUAUAGUUCUCUGCGCUAUACAGUAGGUUCUUGUUGGUUAUCUAUUUUAUAUAUAGUAGUGUAGAUGUGUUAAUCCCAAAUUCCUAAUUUAUCCCUCCUCCCCUUUCCCCUUUGGUAACCAUAAGCUUGUUUUCUAUGUCUGUGAGUCUGUUUCUAUUUUGUAAAUAAGUUCAUCACAUAUCAUUUUUUUAGAUUCCACAUAUAAGCAAU